GGGCCAUCCACUGAUGAUACUGGUGCCGGUGACCGGGCCCUUAAGAGGGCUGGCGUUAUCACAUUGGGUGCAUCGAUUGGUGACACGGCCACUGCAGAUCUGGAAGCAGUUGCUACAGAUAAAAGUUUUGUCCUGUCAGCCCCUGAUAUCAGAGCAGUGGCGAACAUGGGUGAUCAGCUGCUCCCAUACAUUAACGGGGUGAUCCAGCGCACCAUUAUAGUUCACAAUGAGUUCACAGAAGUUCUGGCAGUUGGAAAGAGAGACAUCAUUUUCCUAAUGGACAGCACAAUGGGUGCAACAAUCCUCACCUCAGUGCGAGAAUUCAUCAAGCGAUUCGUCAACAUCAUGCCAAUUGGUCCAGACCAAGUUCAAGUGGGUGUGGCCCAGUUCAGCAAUGUCCCUCGACUUGAGAUGGAUCUCAACUCCUAUGGAUCGAGGGAAGAACUAACAGCUGCUUUGGACAAUGUCAGACCAAGACCCGGACAGACAGUCAACAUCGGAGCUGCCUUGGACUUUGUGCGGACGAACAUGCUGCGGGCUGACAAAGGCAGUCGUAUUCGAGAGGGUGUGCCCCAGCUUUUACUGUUGAUGACCAGUAAAAAGUCCAGCGACGGUGUGGAAGCAUCAGCUACAGCCCUGCACCGAAUGGGUGUAUUGACUUUAGCUGCAGGCUCCAAGGCUGCUGAUGAGCAGGAGCUGAAGCAGAUUGCCUUUGCUGACAGUGUUGCAUUCAAACUGAAGGACUUCCGUGCACUGCUUCGCAAUCCGAAGGCAGUUGUUGAUGCACUCUCCACUCUGUCUGGGGUGUUGGUGACUGAAGUACCAACCGAGCCAGUGGUGGAGAUAACCACAGUGCAGACUCAAAAAGUGAUCAGAGACAUUGUCUUCCUUGUGGAUGGCUCAAAUUACAUUGGCAGCGGUAACUUCCCCUAUGUAAGAGACUUCAUUAUCAACGUGGUCAACCAGCUGGAUGUACGUCCUGACAGGGUCAAGAUUGGUCUCCUGCAGUUUGCGGACACUCCAAAAAUUGAGUUUUAUCUGAACAGCUACAGCAACAGACAGGAUGUUGUGGAUAAAGUCUCUCAACUCAGGCUGACUGGAGGCUCAAAUUUGAAUACAGGAGCUGCCAUGACUUAUGCCCUUAAAAACAUGUUCCAGCCAUCAACUGGGUCACGUAGAAGGCAGGGAGUCCAGCAGGUGUUGGUUCUGAUCACAGGUGGUCCAGCCCAGGAUCAGGCUAAAACCGCAGCUGAUAAGUUGGCUAUUGCUGGUGUUUUGACCUUCACAGUCAGUUCUGGGCAAGCAGAUGAAGCCCAAAUGCAAACAGUUGCCUUUAUUCCAGACUUGGCUUACCAUGAAAGAAGCUUCUCUGAUUUACCAGCUAUGGCUGAAGUGAUCAUGCCAAAGUUGAUCACAGUGGUUGGCGAUACUGAUGUAACAACUGCAUCAUUCCCUGAGGAGCAAAAUGAAAGGGAUGUUGCCUUUCUCAUUGAUGGCACAGAUAGUGUUCGAAAUGAUUUCGCCUACAUCCGGGAUUUUAUCAUUAAAGUCAUUGAACCACUUGACGUUGGGACGGACAAGGUACGAGUUUCAGUGGUUCAACACAGUGAAAGGCCAACUCCAAUUUUCUACCUUAACACUCACCAAACCAAAGAUGAGGUGAUAAGAGCUGUUAAUGGUAUGAGACCGGCUGGUGGACGUAGCCUAAACACAGGAAGUGCUCUGACAUUCAUGAAGGACACUAUCCUGUCUGAACGGUAUGGCAGCCGUGCUGGGCAAAAUGUCCCUCAGUUUCUAAUCGUUUUGGCUGGAGGCAAGUCCAGAGACAACGUGAAGGAUCCUGCUGGUGCACUGAAGACAGGGGGAGUCGUACCGUUUGGUGUUGGUGUCAAGGAUGCAGACCCAAAGCAGAUUCAGGCCAUUUCACACAACCCUUCCUUUGCCUUCAAUGUGAGGGAAUUCAGUGAGCUUAGCACCAUACCACAGAAGCUCAAUAACUACGUGAGCCUUCCAAGUGAAGAGCUGACUGUAGUUCUACGGCAAGCUGAGACACAGGGCCCCCGGAAGGAUGUCGUUUUCCUUGUUGAUGGAUCUGAUGGUGUCGGACGGGAAUUUCCUAUCAUCCAGGAAUUUAUCCGCAGGAUCGUGGAGAGUCUCAAUGUGGGCGAGAAUAAGAUCCGGAUUGGCGUGGUCCAGUAUGCUGACUAUGCUCAGACUGACAUGUUUCUGAACACACAUACAACCAAAGAAGGUGUUUUGAAUGCAGUCAGGGGAAUGAGGCAGCGAGGAGGAAGACAACGUAACCUGGGUCAGGCCUUGCAGUUUGUCAGUCAGGAUGUUCUGACAGCACAACGUGGUAGCAGGAAAGAAGAGGGUGUACCGCAGUUUGUAAUUGUUGUCUCCAGUGGCUCUUCAACAGAUGACAUCCGUAGUGCAGCAACAUCCCUAAAACAAUCCAGAGUUCUUCCCUUCAGCAUUGGGACCAGGGAUGUUAACCCUUCAGAGCUUCAAGUGGUGUCAUAUGUGCCAAACUUUGCCUUUCCUGUAGAUGACCUCCCUGGCCUCUACACAGUCCAAGAAAACUUAAUCACCAUUCUCACCGAGCUGUCAGAUGAUGACAUCAACAGGAUGCGUCCAGUAUUCCCAACCAUUACAGAAAUCACACCAGCCCCCAGAGGAGAAAAAAGGGAUGUUGUGUUUCUAAUUGAUGGUACAACAGCGGUACGUAGUGAGUUCCCUUCCAUUCGUGAAAUGAUAAGAAGAGUUGUGGAGAAGCUGGAUGUAGGAUUGGAUCAAGUCCGGAUUUCAGUGGUACAGUACAGUGAUGACGCAAAGGUAGAAUUUCUACUGAAUGAAUUCUCCACCAAAGAUGAGGUACGCCAGGCUGUCACAAGACUUCAAAGCAAAGGUGGAAACCGUCUGAACACAGGUCGUGCUCUUGAGUGGGUCUACAGAAACAUCUACCAGAGGUCAGCAGGAAGCCGCAUCGAGGAUGGUGUGCCACAGUUCCUUAUUCUAGUUACAGGUGGCAAGUCUUCAGAUGAUGUAUCUGCUGCAGCUGACCAACUAAAGAGAAACCAGGUUGCACCUCUUGCCAUUGGUUCAAGGAAUGCAGACCCUAAUGAACUGAGACAGAUAUCCCUGAAGCCCGAACUUGCAUUUUCAGUUGACAGUUUCCAGCAGCUUCCAAGAGUCGAGUCACAACUCAUUGAUUCAGUCAAAACAAUAUCUACUGCUGAUAUCAUUCAAAGUUAUGUUCCUCCUACUACUGUAGACAUCCUACCUUUUGGGAAAAAGGAUAUUAUCUUCCUUAUUGAUGGCUCAGACAAUACAGGUGCUGCUGGCAUUGCUCAUAUCCGUGACUUCAUCCUAAACAUUGUCCAACAACUUGAUGUGCAGCCUGAUCAAGUGCGUGUGUCUGUUGUCCAGUAUGCAGCUGAACCGAAAACGGAGUUCUCGCUUAACUCUCACAACAAUAAGCCAGCCGUUAUCUCAGCUAUCAAAAGACUUCGUCAGAUGGGUGGUCGGUCAUCAGAUCUGGCUGAAGCCAUCAAAUUUGUUGUAGAAAAUGAGUUGAUUCCUUCAGCCGGUGUUCGUCAGACUGAGGCCUCCCAGCAUCUUGUGGUUCUCACAGGUGGACGUUCCCCUACAGAUGUUUCCUUCUUUGGACCUCUGCUUAAGAACAAAAAUGUCAACUGCGUUGGUGUUGGAGCUGCUGGUGCUGACACAAGGCAGCUCACCCAAAUUGCCACCACACCAGCUGAUGUCCUCCAGGUCCGUGACUUCCCUAGCCUACCAUCAAUCAAACAGGGGGUUAUUGAAAGGUUAAAGGGGACUAUGAUUGUGGAACCACCAACAGAGAUUGAUACAACGGACCCGAUUCCAUCCAGAAAGGCUGAUAUAGUGUUUUUGGUGGAUAGCUCCAUUAACUUUGGCAGGAACAACUUCAAUGAAGUGAAAAGUUUCAUCAGCAAUCUAAUUGAUUUGUUCUUCACUGAUAGAGACAACUUGCGGAUCGGCAUGGCACAUUAUGCCACAGAUGUGACUGACACCUUCUACCUCAACACAUACAAGAAAAGGGAAGAAAUUAAAGAAGCCAUUGAACAAGCAGAUUACAAAGGUGGACGCAUAAUCAACACCGGUGCAGCCAUUAGCCAUGUUCAAGAUGUUUACUUUACCAAAGAAAAAGGCAGUAGGGUGGAUGAGGGCACUCCUCAGAUCCUAAUGCUCUUCACUGGAGGACGUUCAGCUGAUGAUGGUAAAACAGCUGCCCUUGGUUUAAAGAAAAAAGGUGUGAGAGUCUUUGCCGUAGGAGUGGGCGAUAUUCAGAACGAGUUAGAAGAGUUAGCAAGUGAGCCCACCACUGUGGCCCGAGCAAGCAGAAUUCUGGAACUUUCGGAACUCACUGAGCAAAUCCUGGAGACUUUGGAUGAUGAAGUGAAAGGGAAGCUGUGUGUUGGUGUGCAAGACACUUCUAAAACCUGCGAUAUAGAGGUGUUGGUGGGCUUUGAUGUCAAUGCCAAGAACAUCUUCAGUGAACAGACCAACCUCCAGACAAAGAUGGGUGCCAUUCUGAAGAGGAUUUCCAAAAUGGCAACUAUCAGUUGCUCAUCUGGACAGAUUCCCACAGUGCAAGUGGGCAUGCUGGCCAUGGAUUCGGCCUCUGAGCCUGUCCAGCUGGAUUUCACAGACAAUGCUGAUGAGCUGUUUGAGGCCUUCAAAGCACUACGGAGUCGCGGCCCCUUUGUCCUCAAUGGCAAGACCAUUUCAGCGUACACCAAUAGGUUCAAAAGCAGACAGGACGAAGUUGUCAAGGUUGUCGUUCAUCUGACUGAUGGGAUUGACGCCUCUAUUACUGAGAUGAAAAAGAGCGUUGAUGAGCUUCAGAAGUCAGGAGUGAAAAGUUUCAUUCUGGUCGGGCUGGAGCGGGUGCCCAAAUUUGAGGAGGCUUUGCAGUUGGAAUUUGGUCGCGGAUUCAGAUACACCAGACCCUUACGACUCAAUAUCAUGGACUUGGACUAUGAGCUAAUGGAAGAACUUGACAAUAUUGCAGAGAGGGAGUGCUGUGGAGUGCCAUGCAAAUGUAACGGAAACAGAGGAGACCGAGGAGCAGUUGGACUCGGGGGGUCUAAGGGUGAUCCAGGAUCAGCAGGAAGUCAGGGACAUCCUGGAGAUGAGGGUGGACCUGGAGAGAGGGGACCUCCUGGUGUGAAUGGAACCCAGGGUUUCCAGGGAUGUCCUGGACAAAGAGGUGUCAAGGGUUCUCGUGGGUACUCAGGAGAAAAGGGUGAAAUUGGAGAAAUUGGGCUUGAUGGCAUCAAUGGAGAAGAAGGCAAAAGUGGAGUGGCAGGACCCCCAGGAGAGAGAGGAAACCCUGGCGGAAGAGGUCCCAAAGGUGCCAAAGGACAAGCAGGAGACAUCGGAGAAAUGGGAAUCAGAGGAGACCCUGGUACAAGUGGAGAAGAUAACAGCAGCGCAGGACCUAAAGGAGACCCCGGUGAUGCUGGUCCAGCGGGAGAGCCUGGUGCGGAUGGAAAGAAGGGAGGCCCCGGUGAAGUCGGAAGAGGGGGAGCUAAUGGCAGAAGAGGCCCACCUGGACAAGCUGGAAAUCCCGGAAAGCCAGGAGGUGAUGGUGUUCAGGGGGAGCCUGGUAUUGGAGGAUCUAGAGGUCCACCUGGACCAAAUGGUGCACCAGGACCCAGAGGAGAAGAUGGAAACCCUGGACCCAGAGGUCCCGGAGGUAUCCCAGGUUCUGGUGGAGAAAAGGGUAGAAGAGGAGCUCUUGGUCGCAAGGGAGAGCCUGGAGAGCCAGGACCUAAGGGUGUUAUUGGACCUCUUGGACCCCGUGGAGAGUCUGGUGAAGAUGGUAGAGAUGGCUUUGGUGUCGCAGGGCCUAAAGGAAGAAAGGGUGACGAGGGCUUCCCAGGAUUCCCAGGACCAAAGGGAGCAGCUGGUGACCCUGGCAACAAGGGUGGACUUGGACCUGCAGGAAAUCGUGGACAGAGGGGUGUCUCUGGGGAAAUUGGUACACCUGGACAGAAGGGAGAGGUUGGAUAUCCAGGGCCAUAUGGUCAGAAAGGACCGAGAGGACCCGGUGUGGUGCAAUGUGACCUGGUAAAGAAGAUCAGAGACAACUGUCCUUGCUGUUAUGGUCAGCAGGAAUGCCCGCUCUACCCCACCGAGCUGGCCUUCGCCCUCGAUGCCUCUAGAGGCGUCGGCCGCCCAGCCUUCAACAACAUGCGCGACACAGUCCUGCGUCUCGUCAAAGACAUCACCAUCUCUGAGAGCAACUGUCCAAGAGGAGCUCGUGUUGCUGUAACCCUGUACAAUGACGAAGUGACCACUGAGGUCCGCUUCGCUGACGCUGUAAAGAAACGUGCCCUGGUGCAGCACAUCGAGGGACUGCAGACCCUGCAAACCAACAAGGAACGCAGUUUGGAGACAGCCAUGAGCUUUGUGGCCCAGAACACCUUCAAGAGAGUGCGCAGCGGCUUCCUCAUGAGGAAGGUGGCCGUCUUCUUCGUCGGUGGGACAGUCAGUCGGGCACAGGCAGUUACUAGUGCAGCUCUUCGCCUCCAUGAUGCUGGAAUUGCCACUCUGUUCUUGGUGAACCGAGAGGACAGAGCACUCAGCAGAGCUCUGCAGGUGAACGACACCGCCCUGGGCCAGGUCAUUGUCCUUCCCAGCCCUGGAAGUGCACAGUACAAUUCAGUUCUCCAAAAGGUGAUGAACUGCCACGUGUGCUUUGACCUCUGCUCUCCAGACCAAGUGUGUGACUAUGAGCCCCCAGUGGGCAGCCGAGAUAGGAGGUCUUCAACCACAGAUGUGGACAUCGACAUGGCUUUCAUCAUGGACAGCUCCGAGUCCACCUACCCGACCGUCUUCACCGAGAUCAAACGCUACAUCGCAAGCAUAGUGGAGCAGCUACAAGUGUCUACAAAUCCCACAUCAUCCGUCCACCAGGCCAGAGUCUCUGUGAUCCAGCAAGCACCUUAUGAGUUCGUCCACAACAAAACCGGCUCUCCCAUCCACGUGGACAUUGGUUUGGCCGAGCACAACUCUGCCCAAGCCAUUGUUAGAUUCCUGCUGGAGAAGACACCACAGUUAGAGGGUGGCCGGGCACUGGCAGCAGCUAUCGAAUCAACAGUGGAGGAGGUGUUUGAGAAGUCACCUCUCAACCGUGACAAGAGAGUACUGAUGCUGUUUGUUACAGGAAGUGUGGAGGAAGAAGAACAGCAGCUGGUGCGUAUUGCCACUGAGGUCAAGUGCAGAGGCUACUUCCUGGUAAUCUUUGGUGUAGGCAGGAAGUUGACCGCUGGAGAUGCUCGGGUCUUGUCGCGCAUGGCCAGCGAGCCGUCAGAUGUCUUCUUCAAGCGUCUGGACACCAUCUCACACUUUUACGAGAAACACAUCCAGACCUUCGGCCAGCUGCUGCCAAAGUACAUCACCAUUGAAAAUGCUUUCUACAUGUCCCCUGAAGUCUCCAAAAACUGCAAGUGGUUCCAGAGUGACCAGCCACUUAAAAACCCCUUUACAGCUUCACAGCAACACGAGAAACAUCAGAAACAUGAAAAUCACCAGGCAGUUCAUCAAAGAAAGCACAAAGAUUCAGAAGAGCUGCACGUCUCUAACGUCACCUCCAGCAGCUUGAAACUGCGUUGGACCAGCCCAGAUCCUAAACUCUUCGUCUACUUUGAGGUAGUGGUGACACGGCUGCACGACCAUGCCCUGGUGCUGAAGACCAACGUUUCUGGUACAGAGCUUUCCGUGGACAACUUAGAGAGCGCUCAAACAUAUCAUGCUGUGGUCACCGCCCACACUUCAGAGGGUCAGAUCGUCUCCACCCGCAAAGGCAUCAUGACCACCAAAGCAGCAGAGCCCAAGCCAGAGCAUAAGGCAGCCAGCCCCGGCAGCAGUACUGUAAACACAGCUCCACUGGACCAACCAGAGACUGUUAAUGAAUUUGCAGACCCAUGCUCUCUUGACUAUGACCCUGGAAUGCCGUGCAAAGACUAUCAGGCUAAGUGGUUCUUUGACAGAAAGAACGGGAUCUGUACACAGUUCUGGUAUGGAGGUUGUGAAGGCAAUGAAAAUAGGUUCGACACUGAAGCACUCUGCUUGAAAAACUGCAUGAGGUCAGUGCCAGAGCCUCAGGCAAAUGUGCAGCAGGAUGAACAGGUGGAGAUCCUGCCGGGUCCUGCGGCCUCUACAGCCGUGGACAUUUGCCAGCUCCCCAAAGAAGAAGGUUCUUGUGCCAAAUUUGUCCUCAAGUGGUACUUUGAUGCCCCCAGCAAGAGCUGCAGACGCUUCUGGUAUGGAGGCUGCGGUGGAAACCAGAAUAGCUUUGACACGCAUCAGGAGUGUGUGAAGGCUUGUGGAAAACCAGCACCCCUCAACCAAGGAGUCAUUGCUUCAAUAAGAACAUAGGACUCACCAUGGCCAGCUUUCACCUCUGUUUAGGGGAUUGAGGAGAACCAUCCAAAAUGGCCAUACUGUAAGGAUGCAAUACCAAAGCAACGGUGGCUGCACUGGAUUCCACAAAAAUGGACUUUAUCCCCAAAAUCCUUGAAGUAGUCUUUUUUUUACAACAAGAAGGAAGGCAACACGAUUUGCUGCAUGAUUCGAUUUUACCUACUGGUGCUACAUAGUAUGUUUAUUUUACCAAUGGAGUUGUUAAGUGCAUUCAGUUUUGUAAAGUCCCAUUUUCUGGAACAAUGACAUCAUACAAGUUUUUCAUAUUUUUUCAAAUGCAGUUUUAUAAUUAAGCAAGAAACAUAUAUGAAUAUCUUGGACAGAGAUUAGCAAUACAUCAAUACAUGCAGGGCUGGAAUAUUCACUGCAGUUACUUUCUAUAUUGUGUUUUUAUUUUUAUUUUUUACAUUCCACAUUCACAUAGCAACAUUGGCUUUUAUUGAUUUAUAGCUAUUGUUUUAAACUCACUUGAUCCCUGUGGAAUCAUUACUUCACUAUUUUACAGUCACAGAAUCCACAGCAAUGUUUACACAGGUCUUGUAUGGUGGUGUGUAUUUAAAUGACAGUGACCAAACAUUAAUGUAAUGUUAAGUGCACUUCUGGAUCCACUGCCUCAAACACACAAGUUCCAGCUAAUGAGAAAUGGAAUGUACUUUGUCAAGCUGUUUUUAUUUUUGUUUCAUUUGGUUUUAAUGAAAUUUGUGUUUCAUCUGGGUUUAGGGGGAAAUAAACAUGAAUUAGACUUUCUAAUAAA